AUUGGAUUUAUUAUUAGUACUUGAUUGCAUUCGCAUGUGUAAACUGUAUUGUUCGUUUACUUGCAAUUAACAGUAUCACUCUUUUUGAGAUAUAUUUAAUAAAGGUCUUAUAUGGAAUGUUUUCGGAAAGGAAAAUAAAUGCCGACGACUGUUCAUAUACGGCUAAUAAUCAAAUAUUUGAUAAUGAUAGUGAAUAUAAUUAUAUAUUAUAUCCUAAAAGGGAACGUUUCAAACGAUCGAUUAUUGAAGAUAAUAACGAAGAUGAAGAAGAUAUGAGCCAUCAAUCGGAAGAAUGGAUUUGGAAAAUGACAAAUAAUUAUCCGAAGAUCUGGAAAUAUAGACAGAUUCGUGGAAUGAAAAAACAGUUAGAUAAAAAUUGUACAUUCUUAAUCGGUAAAGAAUACGGUCAGCCAGGCUACGGAGGGUACGGAGGUUAUCCCGUAUCUAUAUACGGACCAGGAUAUCGUGGUACGAAUUUAACACCAGGAUAUAGGGGAUAUCCGAUCGGUAAUCCUGGGGGUGUUAUUGGAGGUGGACAUACUGGAUAUGGAUAUUACGGGAACAGAUAUAAUCCUUAUUAUAAUUAUGGUGCUUUCGGUGGUUCCGGUGGUUACAGUGGAUAUGGGAGCAUUGGUGGAUAUGGUACCUUAGGAGUUGGAGGUUACGAUGAUCCUUAUCUUGGAUAUGGUAGUUAUAGUGGUUAUGGCCGUUACGAUGGUCAAGGACUCGAUGGAUAUGGAAAUUACGGUUCCGGUGGUUACGGUGGAACUUAUGGUUCUACGUAUGGGAUCAAAAACAAUUAUGAUCCUUAUGGUUACCGUAGUAGUAGUAGUAGUAACAGUUAUGGUAGUUAUGCCGGCUAUCCCUCCGGAUAUAGGGGUUAUUCCUAAAAGUUUAUGAAUUUGAUAUAUAUGUAUAAUGCUAAUGCAUAAAAUCAGUAGUCGUUCUUUUUUGUACGUACUUUGUAACAACGUAAUAAUAUUAAAAUACGGAAAGUGUUUAUUUUUCAAACUAAAUGAUGUUGUUUCGUAUAUUUGAAUAAUACUUAACAUACAUAAUUAAUACAUGAUUUGUAGUAAAUAUUAACAUGACAUUUAAAUAUGAAGUAGGGAAAACUUAAAGAAAUAAAUAUAACCAACGAGAACAUAAUAAUCAGUAAUUAGUUCAUUAUAUAAACUGUAAUAUAUUCGGACGUAAUAAAUUUGUUGAACCUAAUUGGAUAGUUUUUAUAAAAGUAUUUAAAAUUUUAAACGAAUCAAAUAUCUAUAUAAAUAUUGUUAAAAUAUAAUACAAUUUAUAUUAACUAAUCUCUUAUUUUUUCUAAUAUAUUAUAAAUAAUUGUUCACACACGUAUACAUGCAUAAUGAUUAAUGUUCAUUUAUCAAUAUUGGUAUUGCACAAUAUUUAUAAAUGCGUCUAAGGAAAUAAUCAAGCGCACUGAAAUUGUGUAUGUGGAAUUAUUUUUGUUUUUGCAUUUUCCUUGAAGAUCUGACAAAAUAGCACAUAAGGGAAUAAUAUAUUUACUUAAGUUUAGUAUUCAUUAAAUGGGUUUGUCGCAAUAUUCAAGAUGAAGAGUAAU